AAUUGUACUUUAAUGCUUUUGGGUUCAUUUCUGACUCUGUAUAGUGACCAUGCAUUCUGUACUUGUUGAUUAGACCCAGAACUGAACAUUCUCAGACAGACAAUCUAUCUCCCUCUCAAGGUGACCGAUUGUUCAUGGCCUGAGUCUGCCUUUUAACCCUGGGCUCUGGCUCCUUUCUGUCUGAUGCCUCACCAGACCCAAGGCUGUAGCCUUGUUUAUUCCCUGUGUAAUAUGAACAUCUUCACCCACAGUGUGAUAAGGAGAUUCCACCAGGUCCAGGGAAAAAGGUUAAAAGGCAGAAGCAACUUGAGGAUCGUGGGCUCUUUGCACUAUACCUUCGUGGUGUGUGCACUGAUCUCCCCAGCUGGUUUUCUUUUCUUUUUGAUUUGCUUUCCCCAUUAUUUUUAUUUUCUUUAUUAUUUCAAUAAAUCGCACAAAAAGGACAACUCUCUCUCAUCUACUUCUUUAUGGAAAAUUUCCACCACAGAAAUUGGCGUCUACGAACAGGAUCCCGCGGCAGGUCGUCUGGACGGUGUGACCAGGGACGGCGGUCCUGAGGACUAGGGUCGCUCAGCCUCCAAACCUCUACAGCUGUUCUGAGUGGGAGGACUGCUCACCCGUCUGGAUCGCCUCUGACGAGAUCCAACGAACUCAAAAUCCAACGAACACAAAAUCCAACCUCUACUCGGCCCGGUGAGAGAGAUUCCGUUUUGUUGCGACUUGUUGAAAAAAAAAAAAAAAAAAAAAAAAAAAAGAAACGGGUUUGAAAUUGGUUUCAGUUAUUCGGGGUUUACUUGGCUCUGAUCAUUUGGUUUAGGGAAAGUAAGGCAAAUAACAAUUAAUUCUAAGCAUCCCCUACUAGACUAAAACAAACAACGAUAAAAGAAAAAUAUAACUAGGACUAGAGAUAAUAAUAUUUCUAAAACGACUAUUUAGCUGAAAACAUCCAAAAAUAAUAUAUAUAUAUAUAUAUAUUUUUUUUUAAUUUUAAAUUCAAUAUUCGGGUAAAAUUAAUUAGGUCAAAGUCUGCCCUGGUGGUCGAGACGGUGGUUGCUAAGGGUUGGCUCGUGGGACCGAGCUUGUUUUGUCUGUACUGAGGAUACAGACCAGUGUGCAGAUCUGAGCGCAGUCCAGAGGGAGUGGACAAGGAAAUAAAAGACGGCUUCUGUAAGACGGAGCGCGUUUGCAGGGGGAAGUGGUUUUGAGAUACGAGGGACCCGGGUCUUAGAGGGGCCUGACGGUGAGGGACCACUUCCGAGAACCCUGUCGCUGAUCUGAGCGGUUCCCUUUCUACGGAGACGUCCGUGGAAGAGAAAUUUCGAAAAAAGGUUCCGGCCGGAACACAUAAAAAUCUAAGGCAGGAAACCGCCGGGACUCUGAAAGAUGGGUUCGGGGCGAUCUAAGUCUCCACCACCAGACUGCAGCAUUACAAAAUUAAUGAGACGUAAAUAUGGUGAUGAGUGCGUGUCAUGUCUUCACGACUGGACAAAACAUUAUGGGUUUCAAGAAGGUGGAUCACUCAGUGUGAAAGACAUACGCACCUUAAAAGAAAAGUUAGAUACAAAAGAUGAGAUUUGAAAAAGCAAAACUAUCAAAACUAAAGCCCUAAAAGAAACAAAAGAGUGAUGAGAGUAACAGAAACAAAGGACAUAACAACUCUGGGGAAGAAUUGUUUGCACUCGCCACACACACACACACACACACACACACCACACACACAUAUCAUGUCAAGAGCAAAUGCUCCCAUUCUUUCUGCUCUCUAUUCUAAUGCAGAACCGAGCGCGAUGAGGGUAAAUCCGGAUCUGGACUCCUUUCCCACCAUCAGCAGAAGAACCAAAGGAGAAGAAGCGCCAACCAACAACCAGAACAGGGUGGAAGCUCUGACACCACAGCAGCUGGAGGCCACAGACCACAGCAUGGACGCCUCACUGACCCCACAACGUCUGCAGCCAUCACGUUCUGGGCUCAUCUGAUGAACCAGCUACUACAAGCGUGUGUGUCUGACACAGACACCUGCUUAUGACAAUCAGCAAAGGAAAACAAGGACAGAGCAACAGCAGAGAAGACGUGCUCUGACACAGACACUGGUUGAAACAACAGGAGAGGCUUCAGACGUGAUCGGCCCAAAAGAGCUGCAUCUGAGGAUCCAGGAAAGGUCUUCAUCGAGGAACAACUGUCCCAUUGAAAGGCUUCACCCACUGGCGCUCACAUGAGACUGAUGGUUGGGGAAGGAGGAAGGUGAUGGUUCCUUUUCACGUGACGUAAAAGACGGUACCGCAAACACACACACACAUUCAUACACGCAAUGAAGAAACACGCUUACAGCUGAUACACGCUCAAAUUCAUGUUCAUGCUUAUCUGCUCGCAAUGAAGAAUCGCUUUCUGCUCAAAAAAAAAUCCCACAGAGUGAUUUUAAGAUGAUGACAAACAGCUAAAUGACAACUGCUGCAUGACUUUACAGUCUGAUGGGUUUAAACUAUUUCAAUUUACAACAACUUCAGUAAUAAAAUCCUCCAUGUUUCUAAAAAGAUUUGUGCACAAUAUAGGUUUGUCUGGCCAGACUAUAGGAAAACAAAAACAAAACCAUAGGAAGACUGAAACUGACUGAAACAGACUAUCAAUGACUAUUAAAGGGAAGACGACUAUUAGAGAGAACAAAUAAUAAUUACUGUACGUACCAGACAAUAAAAGAAAAACUUACUGUGCCUCUGUCUUGCACGACAUCAGACGGCAAGACACUCAAACAUUCAUUUUUGCUUUCAAACUUAUGCCCAGUUAAUUUAUUAGGAAGAGAUCUCAUGUGUAGUUUAGGUAUUUCACUGAUUUCCACUCCGGAGGGAGUGCAGGUCACAACCACGGACAAUGUGAAUAAUUAUUCCUUCGUUUGUGUUAAUUUCAGCUCAGAGCCGCUGCUCUACUCUUAUCAGUGGCUGCUGAAGGGAGGGGCUGUAACUGAGGCCCUCAUACAGGCUGCUCGACAGCUUGUUUCCUCACAGAAUACGACCUUUAGAGACACAUCUGACCUGUCUUGUACAGCACAUGUGUCCACUGGUCCUGAUGAGGAGUUUGAAAAAUCAUGGUUACGCACACAUGCGGACAAACUGACCUCAACCUCUCUUUUUUGGGAUGAACAUAGGUCUGCGCUUGCGAUUUCUCUCACUAACGAACAAGAGAGAUUUGUUGAUGCUUAUUCUACAGAUCCACAUGUCCUUCUGUCAAAACAUGACGGAGACAGAUGGCAGGACUUGGGGUCCUUUCGUGGACAGAUGUCAACGGGAAGGAGACUGGCAAACGACUUCCGACCCGAAUGUGAUGUAUUCACCUACUUUGCAUGCUUACAAAAAACUUUUUCAGUCUAUCUUUCAUGCGCAGCGUACAGUGCACUUGGUACCUCAACAUUCCACACACACUCCACACCACGUGUUUUUGUCAGAGGACGCUCUGACGCAGUAUCCAGCCUUACAGGAAGUUCCGGCUUCCCUGUGGGCCACACACAAAUAUGAUGUAGGUUUGAUCAAAGGGUGUGACCCAGUGGUCAUCACACCAAAAUCUGACUACAGACCAUGCAAACAGCAAUACCCUUUAAAGAGAGAAGCAAUUGAAGGAAUAACACCGGUGUUUAACUCUCUUUUGAAAGCAGGAGUCGUUGUCCCAUGUGACAACUCUCCAGUGAGGACUCCACUCUUCCCAGUUAAGAAAAUCAGAGACAAAGGACAGCCAACAGAAUGGAGGUUUGUCCAGGAUCUGCAAGCAGUAAAUGCGGCGGUCCAACCACGCGCGCCUACGGUGAAAGCGGCUCUGCCCAAACAGGCGACAGAACCACUGCACAUAUUUCAACCAGGAGACUGGGUGAUCAUUAAGGAGCUUCGCAGGAAGCACUGGAACUCAAAGCGGUGGCAAGGUCCCUUCCAAGUCCUUCUGACGACCAACACGGCUGUGAAGAUCGCAGAAAGAGCGACUUGGAUCCACUCCAGCCACUGCAGGAAGGUCCCGGAUCCGACAGACGACCCUCCAUCUCCAUCUACACCACACGAGAAAACCACCACUGUCGAAAAGAAUUGAGAAGGACGACCCUCGCUGUGCUCACACACGCACUGAGGCGAGGCUGCGUUGACCGUUCAGCUAAAGGUGUGAGCCAAGCGCCGCCUGAAGCUGCGCCGGUGAAUCACACUAUCAGACCAUACAUCUACACACACGCUCCUGAGAAAACACACACACGAGCAGCCUUGAGUUGCCGACGCUGGACGACGUGUAGACUCUUCACAUCACGGGAGUGACAGUGACUCAGACGACAUUGGGAGGAAACCUGGAGGUGAUAACGAAUCCCAGGUGUCUCUGUGAUCAGCUGAUCACAACCUGAAGAACCCCAACGAACUGUCAAGGUGUCAACAAACAGGUUGGAAACAAUCUAACGCUACUGUUCAACAGGAAGAAGAAGACAUUGAUUGUGACCCUGUUGUUUUUGAUAUGUUACUUUAAUAUUUGCUGUAAUUAUGUGAUUGAUUUACAUGUAUACCUCUCUGUGAUUUCAUCCACUAUUCUUAAACAAAGCAUUUUAUGCUUCCACUUGAUUCACACUUACACACAAAUUUUUAUCUUCCACUGACACAAAAUGACAUUCACCAGACGAAACAAGACAAUAGUUUAAAUCAAUAUAUAACCCUCUUCCUAUUUUUGCUUGACUGAACGUGAUCUGAUUGAUUAUAGGCUUAUGUCCCUGUCUUUCCAAAGCUCAUACACAAGGGUUAUUCUAGUAUAACUACCCACAAAAACAGCUCACAAUCUUUUAUCCCUACGCCAUUUACAUUUUUAUAAACAAUACAUUUAACAAUCAUUUUUAAAAAAUGCUUUAUUACUACAAAAUGAAUGCCACGAUUGACAAUUUUUAUUCUUUUAAUGUUUGAUUAAUGUGUAAUCAAAAGGGGGGAAAUGUAAUGGAAAAAUUGUACUUUAAUGCUUUUGGGUUCAUUUCUGACUCUGUAUAGUGACCAUGCAUUCUGUACUUGUUGAUUAGACCCAGAACUGAACAUUCUCAGACAGACAAUCUAUCUCCCUCUCAAGGUGACCGAUUGUUCAUGGCCUGAGUCUGCCUUUUAACCCUGGGCUCUGGCUCCUUUCUGUCUGAUGCCUCACCAGACCCAAGGCUGUAGCCUUGUUUAUUCCCUGUGUAAUAUGAACAUCUUCACCCACAGUGUGAUAAGGAGAUUCCACCAGGUCCAGGGAAAAAGGUUAAAAGGCAGAAGCAACUUGAGGAUCGUGGGCUCUUUGCACUAUACCUUCGUGGUGUGUGCACUGAUCUCCCCAGCUGGUUUUCUUUUCUUUUUGAUUUGCUUUCCCCAUUAUUUUUAUUUUCUUUAUUAUUUCAAUAAAUCGCACAAAAAGGACAA